CCAGGGCCGUGAUUGACAGGGCUGGCUAUCGAACAGGGCGACCAACCGACCAACAAGUCUCGCCUUGCCCGCGCCCAUCCCACCCUGACUGCCUGGCUGACCUGCCUGCAAAUCUCCUCGUCUUCGUGUCUGGUCCCGGGUGCUACGCCGUGGAACUCUAUCUCAGCGCAGCAGAUCCUGCGCCAUGCUCCCUGAGCACACUCGCUUAAGCCGACCGUUUCCUCUCUGUCGUCCCUGUCAGACAGACAGGCAGACGUAUGCUGGCUGUAAUAUUGCUCUCCGGCAUGACAAUGAUUCGAGUUGAGUUCGCAUCCGAGACGUUACCGUCUGUCUGUCUGUCUGUCUGUGCUGUGCCGUGUGUGCAUAUUCCUGCACCCUGAUAUUGGUAUUUUCAUCAUCUCUCAUACAGUACUCCGUUCUAUGUAUAUUGUGCCUUGCAUUGCCUGCUUUUGCGCGCCAUCCCUGCCUCGCCCGUUUGGUCUGGGCCGACCGGCUGACCGGGUCUCGUCCUCUAUCUCUCUGCUCGGUCGUCGUCCCAGCAUUCCUCUGCAUCAGGCCUAGAUGAUCAGCAUUCACUCGCCCCCAACUCAUCUCAUUUGCCUCUUCCAGCUCUUGGCUCACCAGCUAUCCUCGCCUCUCACUCGCCAGGAUCCUAUUGACACAUGAAAACUCCAAAACGUCACCCUCCCCCCCAUCUGCUCGACAGCCUGCCGCCAUCGCCGCUCCUCUCAGCGUCCCCAAUUGGACGAUAAGUCCUCCUCACUACCAGCAAGCUCCAGCUUGGCCAAGUUCCCCUCAGCUUCCAGAAAUCUUCGAUCUGUUUCAUCCUCCUCGUGACCAGCCAGCCAGUUGGUUCACUCCAGCACGCCGGGUCCACCACCACCAGCCAAAACACGCCUAGCUUCGUUCCUGGGCCUGUGGUUGCAUCGAGGACGAGCACCCCUACAGCCUACAGCAUACGGCAUACAGCAUACAGCCUGCAGUUGCAUACGUCCAGACGCCCAGGUCCCCUGCUUUCCCUGUUCCGUCGCCGCGCUCAGCCGCCCUCCAGUCUCGACCCCUCACCUGCACUCGGUGACAAAUUCACUUUCUUUCCUUGUUGCCUUGUCUCGACGUCUCUUCUUCACUACCAAUCCAAGUGACCGGAGAACUCGAAACCCGGGCAUCUUACACCUCGAGUUCCAGAGUCUGAGGUCGCGGCUGUCGCCCAGCUACAAAUACCACAACCACCCCUUUCGACCCACCAAACCACCUCUUCUUCUGACCGGACAGCCGUCACCAUGUCGUCCGAGGAAAAGGGCCUCACGCCCGCCCAGCCUGCCAUCUCAAAGUCCGAGGCCGAAGUCCUGCCCCCGAGCUACGAUGGGAACGCCUCGCCCACGGGCGGCCACCACAAGACCGUGGCCGACGAGAUCGCCGCGGAGCCGCUCAUGACCCGCCUGGGCCUCACCUUCGACAGCUUCAAGCCCCGCGCCUACGGCCACGGCAUCGUCGAGCUCGACCGGUCCAUGAAGGGCCGCCACCUGCACAUGAUCGCCAUCGGGGGCUCCAUCGGCGCCGGCUUCUUUGUCGGCUCGGGCAGCGCCCUGUCUACCGGCGGCCCCGCCUCCCUGCUCAUCGACUUUGUCAUCAUUGGCAUCAUGAUGUUCAACGUUGUCUACGCGCUGGGCGAGAUGGCUGUCAUGUACCCCGUCUCUGGUGGUUUCUAUACCUACUCCACGCGGUUCAUCGACCCCAGCUGGGGCUUUGCCAUGGGCUGGAAUUACGUCUUCCAAUGGGCCGUCGUCCUCCCGCUUGAGCUCACAGUCUGCGGCCUGACAGUCCAGUACUGGAACCCCAACAUCUCGGUGGCGGUCUGGAUAUCGGUCUUCCUCGUCUUCAUCGUGAUGGUCAACGUCUUCGGCACCAUCGGCUACGCCGAGGAGGAGUUCUGGUCCAGCUGCCUCAAGCUGUGCGCCAUCGUCAUCUUCAUGAUCAUCGCCUUCGUGCUCGUACUGGGCGGCGGGCCCUCGUCGGGCCUCUACAGCGAGUACUGGGGGGCGCGCCUCUGGUACGACCCGGGCGCGUUCCGCAACGGCUUCCGCGGCUUCUGCUCCGUCUUCGUCACGGCCGCCUUCGCCUUCAGCGGCACCGAGCUCGUGGGCCUCGCCGCCGCCGAGUCGGCCAACCCCGUCAAGAGCCUGCCGGGAGCCAUCAAGCAGGUCUUUUGGCGCAUCACGCUCUUCUACAUCCUGGGCCUGUUCUUCGUGGGGCUGCUCAUCGACUCGACCGACGAGAGCCUGCUCGGCGCUAACCCUUAUGCUGACGUGAACGCGUCGCCGUUUGUCCUGGUGGGCAAGUAUGCGGGCCUAAGGGGCUUUGACUCGUUUAUGAAUGUCAUUAUUCUGGUGUCGGUGGUUUCUAUUGGUGUCUCGGGCGUGUACGGUGGUAGCCGUACGCUCACCGCGCUUGCGCAGCAGGGUUAUGCGCCUAAGAUCUUCACUUACAUCGACCGCUCGGGCCGCCCCCUCUGGAGCGUCAGCAUCAUCCUGCUCUUCGGCUGCCUGGCCUACGUCAACCUCAACGCAAAGGGCCCCGUCGUCUUCGACUGGCUGCUCGCGCUCUCGGGGCUCGCGGCGCUCUUCACCUGGGGCAGCAUCUGCCUCGCGCACAUCCGCUUCCGCAGCGCCUGGGCGUACCACGGCCACACGACCGACGAGAUCCCCUUCAAGGCCAUCGGCGGCGUGUACGGCAGCUGGAUCGGCCUGGCGCUGGUAGUGCUCGUGCUGGUCGCGCAGUUCUACGUCGCCGUCUGCCCGCCAGGGGGCGGCUACAACGACGCCGCGGGCUUCUUCAAGUCGUACCUCGCGUUCCCCGUCGUCAUCUUCUUCUGGCUCGUCGGCUUCGCGUGGAAGCGCCAGGGCUGGCUGCGCACGCGCGACAUCGACGUCGACACGGGCCGCCGCGACCUCGACUGGGACCGCAUCAACGCCUACCGCGCCGAGCUGGCCGCCAUGCCCGCGUGGAAGAGGACGUUCCACACCGUGUUUGUGUGAUUUUCUAAGGGCGGGGGGGAGGGGGGGGUUGGGCCCCUCUUGUUCCGUCUCGAGGUCCUGCCGUUUGCGAUCCGGCGGUUUUUUGGUCCCAUGCCUCGGCUUGUUUUGGGUUCCCGAGGGGCUUUGUGGAUAGGGGUUAGCGGGUUGGUUGGUUGGUUGGUGGUGCUGUGUUGUGUUGUGAGGAGGGUAAUCAGGCGACGGUCUUGACGGCUGGGGCAUUGCGUGUUGGGUUUGGGUUCACCAGGAGGGGACUCGCCUCGUGCCGGGCGGACCUUGGGACCCCCUACCUGUCUGAACUGCUUGCUGGCAGCAUGUGAUGGCUUGGCUUCUGUUUCGUGUACGCGUACACGCGUUGGAUUGAGAUAAUAUCAUGACAUGACGGGUUCACCACCCGUUCUCACGU